AUGGACGGUGUCUCCGUCGCCAGUGGCAUCGCUGGCCUCAUCACUCUCGCCUUGCAAGUCAGUGGUGCGAUAGCAAUCUAUGUCACUUCGAUUAAAGAUCGCGCGAAGAAUAUAGAGGAAUUGCACAACGAACUUCUUCUCCUCAGCGAGGUCCUUAGCCGUCUCCGAGAUUUCUUGACAAGUGAGAGGGCCAAAGGCAGGGCAUUCGACACCAACUCGGUUCUUCAAAAAGCGAUCAGCGAUUGCCGCGACAGAAUAGAGCGAAUUGGAGAGAAGUUGAAACCUUUGGAGGGCGGUCCAAUAUCUCGAGCUAUUGAUAAGCUCAAAUGGCCCUUUGAACAGAGGGAAGUCAAUUACUUGAUCGAUAACCUACGACGCUAUGGACAGACCUUCCAUUUCGCCGUCACCGUGGAGGGUUGCGACCUGCUCGCCAGAACUUCAGAGGAUGCUGCCAAAGGCUUACAGGAGAUGCUUGAGGUAUCCAGAAAGAUUACUGAGCUAUCAGCUCAGAUGGGUCUUUCUAACGAAGAGGCAGCCAAGCGAGCUGCCCAGAUUCAAGAAAUCAUCGCUUUAAUACCAAUGCUCACCAGCACGGCCCUGGACGUUACCGAAUUAACCCAUGCGGCACGAAUGGCAGAGCUCAGAGAGCAGGAGAGGCGUACUACUGACAUCUUGGAUUGGCUGGCGCCGGUGUCGUGGCUGCAUAAGCAUCGAGAUCUACAACUGAGGAGGUCUGAAGGCACAGGAGUCUGGUUUCUGCAACACCGAGACUUUCUGGCAUGGGUCCAAGCUGACACUGUCGAACACGAUCUUCUUUGCGUUGGAGGACCUGGGGCUGGAAAAUCUAUCCUCUGCUCGCUGAUUGUCGACCACCUGCGUUCCACAUUCAAGGAUCCGAAUGUCGCUGUCGCCUACUAUUACUACGACUACUCCGAUCAACAGUCCCAGAAUCCAAUCAAUCUAGCACGAGCCGUGCUACGCCAACUAUCUAUGAAUGGCAAUUCAGUUCCCUCUGCGGUUGCAGAAUUCUAUCAGCGUACCCGAAAUGAUGUGAAAGAUCAAACCUGGUUUCAUGACUUGCUGUCCAUUAUACGACGAGUUGCGGCGACUUAUACACAAUCGUUUGUCAUCAUCGAUGCCUUGGACGAGGCUGACAUCAAAAGUCAACAUGCAGGUCUUUUUGAGGUAUUGGAUGCUUUGCGGGACUCUGGCAGAGCCAAAAUUCUAGCAACUGCCCGGUCACACGUCCUCAACAACACAAUGAGAUUCAAUAACCCUGUGAUGGUGGACAUCAUAGCAAACUCGCAUGAUAUUCGGCUGUUUCUUGCACGGACGAUUGAGGAACGUCCAGACAUGGCAGAUGUUCUGGAUAGCAAGCUGAAAGAGCAAAUCUUGGAGACAUUAUCUCAAAAGGCAAACGGCAUGUUCCUUCUUCCUGCCAUGCAAAUCCGGACAAUACUUGAUCAAGUCACCAAAGCCGAUGUUAGGAGGUCUUUGACCCAUCUCUCUUCGAAUCUGACAGAAGCAUUUCAGUCAACUAUUCGAAGAAUAACCAGUUUGCCGGCCGCAAGGAAAGAUCUUGCGUUCAAGGCACUCAUGUGGAUAUCACAUGCAAGGAGACCACUCCGAGCUACUGAAUUGCAACAAGCAAUGGCUAUGCGUCUAGAUGAUGACGAUCUCGACCUGGAUAACGUGGCUUCCGUCCGAACGAUUGUCGACUGUUGCUGUGGACUAGUCCAAGUGGAUAGCGAAAGCUCCAUCAUACGGUUGGUACACCAUUCUCUGGAGGAGUAUCUUCGUGAACACGAUCAUGGCUUGUUUGAUGACGCGAGUCGGGCCAUCACAAAGAUAUGUUUGAAAUUCCUCGCCCUUGAUUAUGCAAAGCAGCUACCAUUCAAGAACCGACACAAUUUUCAUGAAGCACUUGAUCUGUUACCAUUUCUAGAAUAUGCCGCAACGGAAUGGGGGUUCCAUGCGAGCAACGUCCCGAUUGCCGAAUUUCGACACCAAGCUACUGCUGUUCUCAACGACAGUCUCGCACUCAUCGCGAUCGCUCGGAUUCGUGAUCGUCAUAGUUUCGACUUUCGCAAAUGGAAAGAAAAGGCUUGGCAUUGGGCAUAUUCUGGUGGUGCAGGUAUAUCUAUUGUAGCGACGUUUGGACUCGCAGACCUUCUUGAGAUCCUCGUCAACGAGAACAAGCAAAAUCUGUGCCUCGAUGCUCGCGACGUCUAUGGAAGCACUCCACUUCACGAAGCAGCGAUGCAGGGCCAUGACCGCGUGGCAGAAAUCUUGAUUGGCCAUGGUGCUCAGUUGCUAGACAGAAACUAUGGCUCAGCGACUCCUUUAUAUCUUGCGGUCGCAUAUGGUCGCCUUUCAACUGUGAAAUUUCUGCUGGGUUUCGAUCACGCGCAGGUCAACACCCCUGGACCUCGAGGAUUGACGCCUCUGCACAAGGCUACAGAACAAGGAAACGUUGAUAUUGUCACUAUGCUGCUCCAGGCCGGCGCUGUUGUAGCCACUCAAGACAAUUUUGGAAUGACCGCUCUCCAUCUCGCUGCCCGCCGAGGGUAUCUCUCUCUUGUGCGGCUUUUGGGUGUUGCUGGCAGGGCUGUCGGUGUUCAGGACAAAGACGGCUUGUGCGCUCUCGACCACGCUGCUACGGGAGGUUAUACAGCGAUUGUCAGGUACUUGCUGGAAAAUGGAGGCAACAUGUGGCAUAAAGGCCACGAAGCAUGGACUCCGCUGCAUCGUGCCUGCCGCGGUGGUCAUACCGACAUCGUCUCACUUUUCCUUGAGCACGACGCUGAUGUGUUUGCUGCCGACAGGAAAGGAAAUAUCCCGCUUCAUUUGGCUGUUCGUUCAGGCAACAUGAGCACUGUUCGAGCGUUGUUGGACCACGACCCUCAAUUGAAACGUGAGCAGCUGUUUGCAAGAGACAGGAAGGGCUCAACGCCGCGUCUUGUUGCUUUCUUCACAGCGCAUUACGACAUGCACAAAUACCUUCGGGCAGAGGAGUGGGCUCUUCUAGGCACCGAGCCAAGUGACGCCAAUAUACUAACGAAUGCCAUUGAACGAGGCGAUCUCGAAGCUGUCCGGGUACACCUCACGAACAAUCCCGAUGGCUUGAAUCAGUGUGACGAGAAUGGCCAACCUCCACUCCAUGUCAGCCUACAAGAGAACCAACGUGACAUUGUCAAUUUCCUUCUCGAGAGCGGUGCUUCGAUUGAAUCUGUGGGCUUCCACGGCUGGCGACCUCUUCAUAUCGCCGCUUCAUUGGGCAACUUGGAAUUGGUCGAGGUUUGUCUUCAACAUGGGGCCGAUGUCAAGUCGCGCACGCGAACAAGACAAACGCCAAUGCACAAAGCCGCAUCCAGUCGGUCUGCCUCUGUGGUCCGACGACUGAUCGAAGCAGGUGCAGACCCCAACGAUAGAAACGAUCGUGGUAUGACGGCCUUGCAUGUCGCCGCUCAUCAGAACGAUAUACAGAUUGUCAGACUACUGGUGAACGAGCACGGCAUGGAUGUACUUGCGAAAGACUUUAUGAAACUUACCGCGGCUACGUGGGCUGAACGAUCGGGACAUUUGGAAGUGCUGGCGUUUCUGAGGCGCGAGGCGAAGAAGGUAAAGUCAGCGGCAAGAGUCGUCGCAGAUCGACAGGAAGAUACUUUGCCGAGCUCAACCUUUGGUCUACAGAUGAUGCAUUUACCCGAUACGAGCAUUGAGGAUGACAUCGAAGAGAUUGAGAUUGAGGGUGAGAUGGAUGCAUUGCUGGUUUCGACAGAGGUAUCUGCGUGA